AUGUCCGCCUUCUCCGUCACACAGCCUCCAUACCCGCUCCACGAGUCCGUUCGGGACUUGCUGGACCCGGAGUAUGUCGCCUUCUACAACAAACACGUUAUCAACAAUCAACAAGUCCACUUGCAGCCCGUCGCGGCCUCACGGACCAGCGGCGUGUUGAUUCCCGGUGCGGGACCAAUGCUAGAGGUGGGCAAGACCCAAGAUCUUUCCAUUCAGCGUCGAGCCACCGAUGGGCCUCCUGUUGCCAUUCGCUGCUUCACCCCGAAGGGUGACACCCCCGCCGGUGGAUGGCCGGUGAUGCUGUAUUUCCAUGGCGGAGGCUGGGUUCUGGGGAACAUCGACACCGAGAACGUGGUCUGCUCGAAUCUCUGCGUGCGUGGUAACUGCGUGGUGGUGACCGUCGACUACCGACUGGCUCCCGAGAACCCCUUCCCUGCCGCUGUCCAUGAUUGCUGGGAAGCGCUGCUCUGGCUGGUCGCCGAGGGUCCCGCCGCGCUAUCAGUCGACACGUCCAAAAUCGCAACGGGCGGGUCCUCGGCCGGUGGGAACCUCGCUGCUAUCAUGACCCACAAGGCUUUGACCCUCUCGUCGCCGGUGCACUUCCGUGCGCAGCUGCUCUCGGUGCCCGUCACCGACAACACCGCCACCGUGGAGAAUAACGAGUCUUAUCGUCGCUACGAACACACUCCCGCGUUGCCCGCCCCCAAGAUGAUCUGGUACCGCGACCAUUACCUGCCGAAUGAAGCGGAUCGGACCGAUCCCGAGGCCAGCCCCCUCUUUUACAAUGAUGACUGGUCUCCGUUGCCACCUGCUCUGAUCAUGGUCGGCGAGUUAGAUGUGCUUCGGACCGAGGGUGAACAGUAUGCCCAAAAGCUGCAGAAGGCGGGCGUCGAGGUGGACCUCCAGGUCAUGAAGGGAAUGCCACACCCUUUCCUUGCCAUGGACGGGGCAUUGUCCGAAGGCAAGCGGUGUAUCACGUUGAUGUGUGAUGCAUUGCAGAAGGCCUUUUGGAGU